AUGGCUAGCUUUCCCACCCCAUCAAGUGACCGGCCGAAGCACGAGAUGCAGUACUUCCCGGAUAUGCUGACGGCUCUGCCAUCCAAGUCUGCCGAGUUUAGACGAGUGCUAUGGACUGGCCUCUAUAGUCAGCUUGUUCUGAUGACAAUUCCGGUGGGAGGAGACAUCGGUGAUGAGGUUCACACGGUAGACCAAAUCCUGACCUUCACCUCGGGUACGGGUCUCGCUCAGGUUGGGGGCAAAGAGCAAGAGGUCAAAGCCGGAGACCUCGUCAUCGUACCGGCUGGCACGCAGCACCAGUUCAUCAACACUGGACCUACGCCGCUGCUUUUGUACACUGUGUACAGCCCGGCAGAGCACAAGCCAACGAGCGUGCACAAGACCAAGGAGGAAGGUGACAAGGAGGAGGAGGAGGGUAUCGACGAAGCCCCGGAAUGGAGUCAGAAGAGCAAGGCUGAGAAUGAGAAGGAGGGUUGGGUCAAGGUGCCCGAGUGA